AUGAAUCAAAACCUCAUGGUUAAUGUGGAUCUAGCUGAAUUCAAAGAAGCUCUCUUCAACAUCAAUCCAAACAAUGCCCCAGGUAUGGACGGUAUGACCUCAGCCUUUUUCCAACAUUUCUGGGACCUAAUUCAUAUUAAUCUCUUUCAGCUUGUUAACAGUUUCUUUGAAUCAGGGCAAUUGCUUAUAAGUCUCAACCAUACUCUGAUCACCCUUAUUCCCAAAACCCAAAGACCUGAAAAGCUCACCCACUUCAGACCCAUUAGCCUCUGCAGUCUCCUGGCUUCUUAUAACCAGAUUACAGGUCAACAAAUAAACUUGCAUAAAUCCUCAAUUUACUUUAGUAAAAAUACCCCUUCUGCAUCCAAACACUCCAUCAGCCAGAUUCUCCUUGGUAUUCAAAUCCAAACAAACAGCAAAUACCUAGGCUU